AUGCCUGCCAGCCAAGAUGUCCCGGAGACCCGGGUUUUGAUCGUUAUUACCGGUGGCACGAUCUGCAUGCAAGAGUCCGAGGAUGGUCUUAUCCCCGCACGUGGUUUCCUGAAGAAUUGCCUGGCGCCGCGCCCGUCCUUCAACGACGGCUCAUAUCCCGAGCCGCUGGAGAUCGUCACCAACGACAAGGGCGCCAAGAAGGCGGUCCAGAGCUUGCGGACGCCGAAGAGCUCCUACGGCCGGCGCGUGCGCUACUCGGUGCUCGAGUUCGAGAAGCUGCUGGACAGCAGCUCCAUCAACGCCGCCGGCUGGGAUGAGAUCGCCCGCACUCUGUACCGCAACUACACGCUUUACGAUGGCUUCGUCGUGCUGCACGGCACCGACAGCCUGGCCUACACGUGCUCCGCCCUCAGCUUUAUGCUGCAAAACCUGGGCAAGCCGGUUAUCCUGACCGGUAGCCAGGCGCCUAUGAUGCAGCUCCAGAACGACGCAACCGACAACCUCCUCUCCAGUUUGGUCAUUGCCGGUCACUUCAUGAUUCCCGAAGUUUGCCUGUUCUUCAACUUCAAACUCUUCCGUGGAAACCGCUGCACCAAAGUCUCGGCCGACGACUUCAACGCUUUCGCCAGCCCCAACCUGGCUCCGCUGGCCACCAUUACUAGCCUGCGUACGAACGUGCAAUGGAGCCUUGUGCACCGCCCCACCAGCGUGCAUCCUUUCAGCAUCCAGACCAAUCUCGACACGGCGCACGUUGCCUGUCUGCGUGUCUUCCCCGGUAUCAAGCCGGAGAUGCUGGAUGCAGUCCUGCGUUUGGAUGGCCUCAAGGGUCUCGUUUUGGAGACUUUCGGUGCCGGCAACGCCCCUGGCGGUCCCGACUCAGAGAUGACGAAGAUCAUGGCCGAUGCUGUCAAGCGCGGCAUUGUCAUCGUCAAUGUCACGCAGUGCCUCAGCGGGAGCGUCAGCGCCCUCUACGCACCAGCUACCGUCCUAGGCAGGGCGGGCGUCGUGUUCGGUCAGGAUAUGACGACCGAGGCCGCGCUGACGAAGCUCUCUUACCUGCUGUCUCUGCCCGACAUGACACCUGUUGAGAUCGCUAAGAGGAUGUCGCACCCCGACAGUGGUCUCAUGAGUCCUGAGAUCCAGAGCCUGGUAUCAUUGGGCUACAAGAUCAAGGAUGGAGAUCUCAAUGGGGUUAAAGAUGUCAUAAGGCACGAGCCGAGAUACCUGCUCAAUGAGACGGAUUACGCCGGCAACACACCAUUGCACUUGGCGGCAUCCGGGCCGAACGUCGAGAUCUUGCGCGAAUUUCUGUCGCAGGGCGCAUCUGUUCACCUACGCAACCGAGAAGGACACACGCCGCUCUAUCUCGCAGCACACGCGGGGCAGGGCGAUCAUGUGCGGCUGCUGCGCGAGGCGGGCGCGCACCUGCACGCCGAGGAGACGGCGUCGGCGUCGCUGCACGCGGUGGAGAAGGGGUGCGCAGAGGUCUGGCGUCUGGCAGGCGUCGGCGAGAACUGCAGUGGUUGA